AUGAGGAUUGUCCUGAUCUCAGCCCUGACCGUCGCCAUGCUGCUCCUGCUCUGCGUGGCGCCCGCCGACGCCACCAAGCAUCUCAUCUUCGCGCCGUUCAUCUGGGCCGGGGGCCUUGUCAAGGACGCCACCCACGGUCUGAUCGCCCACAAGCUCUCCAUCGCCACCAAGCUCCUAGCCAUGAUCACAGGUAACCGCUCCUUUCGGGCUUCCGUUCAGUACGACUCCCGGCUUGAAGAGUACCAGAAGCCACCGACAGAGACUGGCAGCUACUUCCACAAGGUCCCGGAGGUCGUCCCCAAGCCCAGCCCCGUCAACGUCGAGCAUGACGUCAAGGUCGACUGGCUGCCCGGUGUCAAGAUGCCCCAUCCACACUUUCCCCAUCUGCAUGUGCCCCAAGUUCAUCUUCCCCAUCCGCACCUGCCCAGCCUUCCCUCGUUCCACCUGCCCAAGUUGCCCCUGCCGGACCUGUCGCACCUCACCAAGUUCCACAAGAUGCCGCAGCUGCCCUCGGUUGCAGGCAUGUUUCACGGUCCCAAGUUUGCGAGCGGGUACGUCAACGGCGGUUUCAAGAUCGGCCACGGUGGGCCCGCCGAUCAAGUCCGGGGACGCUCCUUCAACUUCACCAUCAAGGGUCCCCUCAAAGGUCGGGUUGCCUUCGGUGGUGCGAGUGACACCACAACGAGUCCUAAGGCCGUGGUGCAGGAGCUGACCAAGGUAGCUACCAGUAACGCCACUCGCAACUUCACGACCACUGUCAUGGACCUUUCGCAGCAGCUGAUGAAGCAAGCCAACGGCACGAACUCUACCCUUCCGAAGUUCAUGACUCGGCGGUCCGCCGACAAACCCAGCUUGGCGACGUAUUUCUCCUUCAUCCAGUCCAACGACGAAGGCGACUGCAUCCCGAAGAUGGUCUGCUCUAUGGCUGCUCAACCCCACGAGUUCGGUGACUAUGGUGCCAAGGUUCUCGAGUUCUUCGAGGCCAUGGAGCCUUCCCCGUCGGCUCCCGCUCACGCCUACAAAGAAGCCAUUCGCCGCGGUCAACAAGGUCUUAAUUGUUCUGAAAAGUAUCCGAGUUGCAAGGUGGAUUCCAAGCAUCUCGCGCAAAUUGGAGGCUCUGAGCUAUAGACCAUGUAUCAUGCUGUAAAUA